AAAGUCAUUCUGCCAUCUGUGAUCUACAUACAGAAAAUUUUACGUCAGAGGCCUUUCCUCAUAAAGAACCUCAAAAAUGUUACGCAAAGAUUCUUGCAGUCAUUGGAUCUUUAUGAGGAAAAUGAAAGGAAGGAGCUAGCAAUUUUCACAGCUCUUGCUUUCUCCCAGAAACUUUCAGGGCUGCCGCCAGAGAGUCAGAGACUGUGUUCCAGCCUUUGCUCAAGGAUAAUCUUGUUGCCAAGGGGCUAGUCCUUUCAUUCAUAACAGACUUCUUCACAGAGUACCUGGUGGAUAAUAGCCUGGCGGAUUUAAUUGCAAUUUUGAAGUGAGGUAAAACAGAAGACAAUCUCCCAGACUUCUUUCCAUUUGCAAAGAGAUCUGCUGAGGGUUUUUCCGAGCAUUUCAUACUGAUGCCAUGUUUAACCACGGUGAUUUUCCGCGAGGUGAUGCCAAGCUGAUGAAGCUGUUCUCCAAGAUCAUAAGGUCUCUCUAUGACCAGGAUGUGCUUGCAGAAGACACCAUUCCUCACUGGUUCCGCAAAGGAACAAACCCUAAGGGCAGUAAUAAACCGUAGUAUUCUUUUUCUGGUUUGAACAUUUUGUUUGUGUGUAUCGAUCAUCUUAAUGCAUUGAAAAUUGGUACGGGCAAACAUUUGUCAAGGCCCUGGAACCCUUUGUGAACUGGCUGGAAGAAGCAGAAGAGGAGGAAUAAGUUGGACCUUGUUCCCCUGGUUUUAUUUACUUGUAUCAAUUGCUGAGGUGUCCUUUGGCAUAAGAUAUCUCAAGAUCUUUGACAUUUGGUGUGACAUUGUGAUGUGAACAAAUCAUUGGUGGGAUUUUCACCUGCAAUAAUCAAUUGGUUUAUGCUAU